UAAUUCAAACCAUUUCGCUUUUGAUGCUCCACAAUCUUGAAGAUAACGAUGCGGCGUUGGCAGUUUUCAAAAUUUUAAAUUAAAAUUUAUUCUUCGAAGUUUAUACUUUUUAAAUUCAUCAGUCCGAGAGAACAGGUUUUUUAAGUAUAAACUUUUUACAUUCGCAAAAUGCUUCCAUGUAGUCUUAACUCUUAACUAAUUGCCACACGCCCCCGUUCGAAAAUGAAACUUAGCGAGAGACUUAUUGUGAUUCCUGCCUUGGUUGUGGUCGCCUUAUUUAUUAUAGUUUUGUAUCGUAGUGAAUCGAACUAUAUUGAAUUGAAGUCUAAACUGGAGGAAUCAAAUAUAGAUGUCAAAUUACCAAAAAAGUUUCAACGUUCAGAAAAAACUGAAAAAGAUGCAGAGUUUGAACCUAUGCCAAAAUCAUUAGCAAAAGUCAUUGUUACCGAAAAAACAACAUUAUCAACAACUACAAAAACAACAACAAUUACCACAACAAGAGCACCAAGAGUUAAUAAGUUUGAAGAUAUGGAUAAAUAUACAACUAACAAUCCUAGAUAUCGCUCGUAUAUGGAAUGGCCGCCAUUUGUUACUCUUCCUCCAGAUAACCCGCGGUUAGCAGACAUUAUGGGAUUAGAAAUAAGACCUGAAUUACCGAGCUGGGAAAGAUUCAACUUACAAAUCAGCAAGCAAUAUGUGUACGAAGAGAACUCAACCAUUAUCGAUGAUUUAGAACGUGAUUUGGCGACUCAAAGGAUUGUUGCAGUAGGUAAAACUUAUUUAUUGAUUUUAAUAAAUUUUACUGUUCUUUAUCUAUUUGUAGCUUAUGUUAUUUGUCUAAAGAUUAAUUUUAGUUCCCGAUUUCCCUAUUAAAAAGUAAAACUUGUA